AUUGAUGUUCCGGUUCUUCAGGUCCCCCAGCCAGGACUUGAAUCGGGGGCCUUCUUGCUAUGAGGCAAGAGCGCCAACCACUGCCCCAAUACAUUUAAAUAAAAAUGCCUAUUAACAGUAAUGUGUUUUACCAAACAUCGAUUUUCCUUAUGUUUAUUUGACCUAAUGGAAAAAUUGACCAUUUUAAAAAGAGAGAACGUGGUUAUUGCACACAUCUUACCGCUAGGCGGCAGUAGCGCGCCCAGCAGUUGCCGCUGAUCCAUAAAAGAAGUAUCGCUCCCCCCUCAUUCAGGCAGCGUCAUGGCGGACACAAGAGAAAAAGCUUUGCAAGAUUACAGAAAGAAACUUUUGGAGCAUAAGGAGGUUGACGGACGGCUCAAAGAAUUGAGGGAGCAGCUCAGAGACCAAACAAAACAAUAUGAGAAGUCAGAGAACGACCUGAAGGCUUUGCAGAGUGUUGGCCAGAUUGUUGGAGAGGUGCUGAAACAGCUCACAGAGGAAAAAUUCAUCGUGAAGGCCACCAACGGCCCACGCUAUGUGGUUGGAUGUCGCAGGCAGUUGGACAAAUCGCAGCUGAAGCCUGGAACCAGGGUGGCUCUGGACAUGACCACACUCACCAUCAUGAGGUACCUGCCCCGAGAGGUGGACCCUCUGGUCUACAACAUGUCCCACGAGGACCCGGGCAGCGUCUCCUACUCGGAGAUCGGAGGAUUGUCUGAACAGAUCCGUGAGCUCAGAGAGGUGAUUGAACUUCCUCUGACCAACCCCGAGCUCUUCCAGAGGGUGGGCAUCAUUCCUCCCAAAGGCUGUCUGCUGUACGGACCUCCAGGCACAGGGAAGACUCUGCUGGCCCGGGCUGUGGCCAGCCAGCUGGACUGCAACUUUCUAAAGGUGGUUUCCAGCUCCAUCGUGGACAAAUACAUCGGGGAAAGUGCCCGGCUCAUCAGAGAGAUGUUCAAUUACGCCAGAGACCACCAGCCGUGCAUCAUCUUCAUGGAUGAGAUCGACGCCAUCGGUGGCCGACGGUUUUCAGAGGGAACCUCCGCUGACAGAGAAAUCCAGCGAACCCUUAUGGAGCUGCUGAACCAGAUGGACGGCUUUGACACGCUGCACAGAGUCAAGAUGAUCAUGGCCACAAACAGACCCGACACUCUGGACCCGGCCCUGCUGCGGCCCGGAAGACUGGACCGCAAAAUCCACAUCGAGCUCCCCAAUGAGCAGGCCCGCUUGGACAUCCUGAAGAUCCACUCCAGUCCCAUCACCAAGCACGGAGAAAUAGACUAUGAAGCAAUUGUUAAGCUGUCAGAUGGUUUCAACGGGGCUGACCUAAGGAACGUGUGCACAGAAGCAGGACUGUUCGCCAUCCGCUCAGACAGAGAGUAUGUAACCCAGGAAGACUUCAUGAAAGCUGUGAGGAAGGUGGCCGACUCCAAGAAGCUGGAGUCCAAGCUGGACUACAAGCCUGUUUAAAUCCUCUAGCCCCCCACCCCCCACCCAUAAGUUUUCAUUGUCUCCGAUUUGUUUUGAACUAAUGGUCGUGUCCGAGCAGUCACCCUCAAAGAAGCUAAAGACAUUGAGAAUAGAGGCGGGCUCCAGGCGUUAGUCUGAGCCGCUCUGUCUGCCCAUCAUUUUUCAUCACACAUGUUCAGAAAUAUGUUUUGGUUUACACAUCGAUGUGCGACUGUGUGGAUCUGAGACAGGCAGGCAGGUUUUAGAGAAGCCAAGGGGAUCCACAGCAGAAAAAAUGGCUCGCUCACAUUUAAGACCACAGAUUCUGAGAUCUGGUCCCAGCAGGAGGUCCUUUGACUUCCAGGUUGAGGCUCAUUCAGAAAACUACUUAGUGUUUGCUACACAGGCAAGUCAGUUCAGUUCAUUGUUAAACGGGCCAACUUAAAGAAAAUAAAGAUACUUCAGACUGGUUUUUA